GUUGUGCAGUGGGCGGAUGCUGCAGCACCUGGAUGGGAAAAAGCUACGGUUGUUCCUUUCUCGUUCUCCUUUGGGCAAGCAGCGCUCACUCUUUGCUAAGUUGCCUUGAGCCUACAAAUACAAAGACACAAACAUCAAAAAAACACACACAACGACAAACAUUAUUUUGGAAUACCAUGGCCAGCCAUAGUACCCUAGAACAAAAAUAGAAACCAAAAUCAAAAUGUGGUCUUCCCGGCAGCGUUGCGGCCUGGCUUCGUGGGUGGCUUCGAUCGUUUCGUUCUACGCGUUUCUGUAUCAAGUGUAAAAAUGUCUGGGUCUGGAAGGAUGUAACUUGUGAUGCACAUUUCAGAACACACAAAAAUCUUUGAUGCAUAGGCAGCAAAAGCUGCUCACUUUCUGUCACCAAAAUGGGGGAUUUGUCAUGCGGAUUCGGCAUUGCGGAAGCUUCUCGAAACCUGUGAUGCUAGAGCUUCCAUGCCAGACCUUCUGUGUCAUGCAGAAGCAGCAUGAUUCUUCCAGACCCAGACACUUUUACAUUUGAUAUUCUGUACCUGCUCUUUUCCGCGUCGACCGAGGCAACGUCGGAGUUCUUACAGUUCAUUCUCCUCACGCCAACGGUUUUAGUCGUGUUGAUCCCUGGUAUUCUAUUUGGCUACGUGCUUCUGAACGUCCGCGCAACGCCGAAUUACGAGGAUGAGUGUGUGCUUGGGGACGGAGAUCCGCUGGAUGUGAGGUUGGAGGAAGUGAAUGAACUGGUUUUUUUCGGCGGAAACUCGGUGAAAUUGAAUGACUUCCCAACUGCUGGUGCAAGAAAAGGGAAUAGUAGUGGAGGAAUGACAGCGCCUACACCCCCGGCCACACUUCUUCCGAGUGGAU